AGGUGGUUAUAUUUGUCACUAGCCACCUCUAAACAGACAUGGACCUGAGUGAUUUUGAGGCAAACAACUCAGUUAGUUGUCGGCUUUCAUCUUCGAUCCCGAAUGUCUGCAAGACUGAAGACUGCUGUUUGGGCAUUGAUGAGGCUGGCAGGGGUCCUGUGUUGGGUCCGAUGGUAUAUGGAAUAUGUUUUUGUCCUGUCUCUCGAAAGGAGGAUUUAAAGAAUCUGAAAGUUGCAGAUUCAAAGACACUGAGUGAGGCGGAGAGAGAAAAUCUGUUUCUAAAGCUGAAUGAAGCUAAGAGUUUUGUGGGCUGGGCUCUUCAGAUCCUUUCACCUAAUACCAUCUCCACCAGCAUGUUACAGAGGGCAAAGUAUAAUUUAAAUGCUCUGUCUCAUGAUGCUGCUAUUGGGCUGGUGCAGUAUGCUCUAGACUCUGGAGUGCAGCUCAAAGAGGUGUUUGUGGAUACAGUGGGGCCAGCAGAAAAGUAUGAGCAGAAGCUGUCUCAGCGUUUUCCCGGGAUUAAGGUGACUGUACGACCAAAAGCUGAUUCCCUCUUCCCCAUCGUCAGUGCAGCCAGUAUCUGUGCCAAGGUUGCCAGAGAUCAUGCAGUAAAAGGCUGGAAGUUUGCAGAGGAUCUUGGGGAGGUGGAUACUGACUACGGUUCAGGGUAUCCUAAUGACCCGAAAACUAAGAGCUGGCUGCUGAAGUAUUUGGACCCAGUUUUUGGGUAUCCUCAGUUUGUGCGCUUUAGCUGGAGUACAGCACAGACAUUACUGGAUGAUAAAGCGGUGACCGUACACUGGGAUGAUGAUGAGGAGAAUGGAGGGAAAGCAGCAGCUCGGCAGAGUAACAAGUCUGUGCUCUCGUACUUCAGCCGUAGCAAACCUUCCAGUGAUACUGACACACGAGAGACGCAUCGCUUCUUCAAAGAGCGCUGUUUACAAAGUAUAGAUCAACUCUGAAUGUGAAAGGCUGAUUUUUUUUACACACACACAAACUGUAAAAAUCAGAACAGCAGUACUCUAAAUGUACUACAAUGUAAACACACUUCACACACACAACCACAGAGUUGGCUCAGAAAGGAUUGCUCUUGGUGUUCAUCUGAAAAAAAUAUCAGAUUUAACAUUUAUCAUAGAGGUCACAUGUGCUUCAGUGUUGUUUUAUACAUGUUAUCUAUGUGUUUUAGUAAUAAAAUGUGUACUGUAUUAAGGA